AUGUUUUUAAAUGGACAUAUUUAUAUGACUUGGAGUGAUGAUAAAGCUACUUGGGACCCUUCAUUAUUUAAUAAUGUUAGAACAACUAUGAUAUCUCGUCGAUCACACGCAACAUUAACAUCAAUAACUCCAAAUAAAACAAAAGUAGAAAGUUAUCCAACAUUUUCUGUCCGUGUUGGAUGUAAUUUUAAUUUUAGAGAUUAUCCGAACGAUGAACAAAAUUGUGCUGCUCGUUUAUACACAACAAAUGUUAUGAGUGAAGUUGAAUUAGCAAUUUAUUAUAAUUUGGAACCUUCUGUAAUGCUUGGUUGGGGUAACCAAUCAAUCAAAAAAAAUAUACAAGAAUGGGAAUUAUUGUCAGUUAAUGCUAAUUUAAGUUUUUAUAAAAGUCACAGAAAAUAUUCUAAUGAAAGGCCAAAUAGUGCUUAUGAGGCACAGAGUACUUGGACAUUAAUUAUUUUAAAUUUAAAAUUUCGUCGAAAUUCUCCACAAUAUUGGUUAGGGAUUGGAUUGCCCUGUUUUGUUUGUUUAAUUAUUAUUUUACUUUCUUUUUUGUCAACAAAAAUUGAAUUAUCUAUUGGACUUUUAUUGGCUAAUUUUGUAUUAGAAUCUGUUUUGUUACGCGAUGCUCUUCAAACUUUGCCUCCAGCGGCGGGGGAAAAUCCAAAAAUUGUAACAUUUGCUCAAUUUUUAUUAAUAACAACAUUAGUAUCUUUAAUUAUUCAAAUAUUCACAAAAUGUUUAGUUCAAAAAGCAAUUAAAUAUUCUUCUUUUCUCCAAAAACUUUUAAUUAUUUCAGAAACAAAUAAUUUAUUUACUACAAAAUUUAAAAAGAAUUUAGAACCAGAAUUAAUAUUUCGUUUAUAUUUUUUAUUUAUUUUAUUUUUAAUUUGUAUUCCUUUUAUUUUUAUUUAUUUAUUUUAA